ACGGCCUGGGCUCGCGGCUACGGGCUGGCAGCUGAGGAGAAGCCGGGACGGCGGCCCAGAGAGCGCCAGGGCGGGGAGAAGAAGCAAAAGAAGAGGAAGAAGAAGAAGAAGAAGAAGAAAAAUCUAUCCGCAGUCGCCGCGUGCGCGCUCCCGGGAAAGAAAAGCACAAGAAACUUGUACAGUCGUUUGAGACACCGGUGUCCGAAAGUCCAUGUCAAGCAGAAUUCUGGGAUUGACUAUUAGUCAUAAAGAGGAAGACCUUGAGCCUAUAUUUUGAAGAAUCAGUUCAGAAGAUCUAAGAAGGACACAGAGGAGAAGUACAAAUGUCUACGACAAGACGAAAACGUGUGUUAUGUUGUUUACCGUAAGCUGUAGUAAAAUGAGCUCAAUUGUUGACAGAGAUGACAGUAGUAUUUUUGAUGGAUUGGUGGAAGAAGAUGACAAGGAUAAAGCAAAAAGAGUAUCUAGAAACAAAUCUGAAAAGAAACGUAGAGAUCAAUUUAAUGUUCUUAUUAAAGAACUUGGAUCCAUGCUUCCUGGUAAUGCUAGAAAGAUGGACAAAUCUACUGUUCUUCAGAAGAGCAUUGAUUUUUUACGAAAACAUAAAGAAAUCACUGCACAGUCAGAUGCUAGUGAAAUUCGACAGGACUGGAAACCUACAUUCCUUAGUAAUGAAGAGUUUACACAGUUAAUGUUAGAGGCUCUUGAUGGUUUUUUUUUAGCGAUCAUGACAGAUGGAAGUAUAAUAUAUGUAUCAGAAAGUGUGACUUCAUUACUUGAACAUUUACCAUCUGAUCUUGUGGAUCAAAGUAUAUUUAAUUUUAUCCCAGAGGGGGAGCAUUCAGAAGUUUAUAAAAUACUCUCUACCCAUCUGCUGGAAAGUGAUUCAUUAACUCCUGAAUACUUAAAAUCGAAAAAUCAGUUAGAAUUCUGUUGUCAUAUGCUUCGAGGAACAAUAGACCCAAAGGAGCCAUCCACCUAUGAAUAUGUGAGAUUUAUAGGAAAUUUUAAAUCCUUAAACAGUGUGUCAACUUCAGCACACAAUGGUUUUGAAGGCACUAUACAGCGCACUCAUAGGCCUUCGUAUGAAGAUAGAGUGUGUUUUGUAGCCACUGUCAGGCUAGCUACACCUCAGUUUAUCAAGGAAAUGUGUACUGUUGAAGAACCCAAUGAAGAGUUCACUUCUAGACAUAGUUUAGAGUGGAAGUUUCUGUUUCUAGAUCACAGGGCACCACCAAUUAUAGGAUAUUUGCCAUUUGAAGUUUUGGGGACAUCAGGCUAUGAUUACUAUCAUGUGGAUGACCUAGAAAAUCUGGCAAAAUGUCAUGAACACCUAAUGCAAUAUGGGAAAGGCAAAUCCUGUUAUUAUAGAUUUCUGACCAAAGGGCAACAGUGGAUUUGGCUUCAAACUCAUUAUUAUAUCACUUACCAUCAGUGGAACUCAAGGCCAGAAUUUAUUGUUUGUACUCACACUGUUGUAAGUUAUGCAGAAGUCAGAGCUGAAAGACGGCGAGAACUUGGCAUUGAAGAGUCUCUUCCUGAGACAGCUGUUGACAAAAGCCAAGAUUCUGGGUCUGACAACCGAAUCAAUACAGUGAGUCUCAAGGAAGCGCUGGAACGGUUUGAUCGAAGCCCCACUCCUUCCGCCUCCUCCAGGAGCUCCAGGAGAUCAUCUCACACGGCCGUCUCAGACCCUUCCUGUGAGCGCGGCAGCUUGAAAACACACGCCGUUACAGAGACAACACCAACAAAGAUCCCAACAGAUGCCAGCACUCCCCCCAGGCAGCACUUAGCAGCGCAUGAGAAGAUGGCACAGCGGAGGUCAUCGUUUAGUAGUCAGUCCAUUAAUUCCCAGUCUGUUGGCCCAUCAUUAACACAACCAGUGAUGUCUCAACCUGCAAAUUUAUCAAUUCCACAAGGCAUGUCCCAGUUUCAGUUUUCAGCACAGCUGGGAGCCAUGCAGCACCUCAAAGACCAGUUGGAGCAACGGACACGGAUGAUAGAGGCAAAUAUUCACCGUCAGCAAGAAGAACUAAGGAAAAUCCAGGAACAACUCCAGAUGGUCCAUGGCCAAGGACUGCAGAUGUUUUUGCAACAGUCCAACCCUGGAUUGAAUUUUGGUUCUGUUCAACUUUCCUCUGGAAAUUCAUCUAACAUUCAGCAGCUGACAUCUAUAAAUAUGCAAGGCCAAGUCAUCCCUGCUAACCAGGUUCAGAGUGGAAUGAAUACUGGACACAUUGGCACAAACCAGCACCUGAUACAACAGACUUUGCACAGCACAUCUGCUCAGAGUCAACAGAGUGUGAUGAGUGGGCACAGUCAGCAAACGUCUCUUCCAAGCCAGACGCAGAGCCCUCUCACAGCCCCUCUGUAUAACACCAUGGUGAUUUCUCAGCCUGCGGCUGGGAACAUGGUCCAGAUUCCAUCCAGUGUGCCACAAAACAGUACCCAGAGUGCCACAGUCUCUACGUUCACUCAGGACAGACAGAUAAGAUUUUCUCAAGGUCAGCAACUUGUGACCAAGUUAGUGACUGCUCCUGUAGCUUGUGGGGCAGUCAUGGUACCUAGUACCAUGCUCAUGGGUCAGGUGGUGACUGCCUAUCCUACCUUUGCCACACAACAGCAGCAGGCACAGACGCUGUCAGUAACGCCGCAGCAGCCGCAGCAGCCGAGUUCGCAGGAGCCGCAGCUUCCCUCCGUUCAGCAGCCAUCUCCGGCGCCGCUGGCCCAGCCGCCCCAGCAGUUUUUACAGACUUCUAGGUUGCUUCAUGGGAAUCCUUCCACCCAGCUCAUCCUCUCUGCUGCAUUUCCACUACAACAGAGCACCUUCCCUCCGUCACAUCACCAGCAACACCCGUCUCAACAGCAGCAGCAACUUGGUCGGCACAGGACUGACAGCCUGACUGAUCCUUCCAAGGCUCAACCACAGUAGCACACAUGCUUCCUCUCUGGCACCUGGAGAGGAAGGGCAUGGCCUCAGAUGACAUGCAGUUAGGGAGGGCAAGUUCCAUGAGACAUAGUAUUCAGUGUUCUAGUUCUUGGAUUGCUUAAUUGCUAGGGGAAAUGCCGCCCAGUGCUACAGAUGGACAUUAAAUACCAGCCAGCAAGAGAUGAUCAUAGCCAAUUCUAACAGUGUUUCAGUUGCCCAGGUAUUUUUUUGAUGAGAAAGAGUAUAUUGCCAAAUGUUGAAGAAGUUCAGCUAUGAUAUGACCUCUACUGACUCAGAAAGGCACCAACGAGGUUAGUGGUUCUGUGCCUGGUGUUGGAUGUUCCAGAGGACGCAGCGCUGCCGUGCCAGGGCUGCCUAGUGAUGCCGAGAUGAUGGUCAGUAGUUCCUGCCUCAAACCCUUCUCCUUUUCAGAUGAUGAUGGAACCGUAAUUACUUUCAGAAUGUGUGUGCACUUGAAGUCUGUAGAGAUGCUGUAACCGUGCAUAUUGGAGUGAAUGAGAGCGUUACUGCUUCCUAUAGGUAUGAGCACAUUUCAUUAGGUCUCGACACCGUGUAUCAGCUGAACACUCUUGUUUUCUCCUGUCGUUUACAACACAGUAGUGUUCUAGUCACUUCUCCGGGGCACAAGUCUUUUUGUUCAUACUUUGGCUGUGAUGUCACAGUUUGCUCAGUAGAUAGGAUGUGCUGCUGAGAAUGGAAUUUUUUUUUUCAGGUUAAAUUAUUGAUGCAACAGGUUUAUUAAGUAAUUCAGAAAUAUCCCUCAUUUCAUUAUUUUUCAAUUAUGUUUGAAAAUAGGAUUGCACUGCUUUUUUUUAGGUGGUUGGGAGCUUGAUUGCAUAUUUUGGUAUAUUUCUUAUGGAAAUAUUUAUGUAAAUGGUUUUCAACAAGCCUGAAAGUGAUUUAAGAAUGUUUCAGUUAUAGAAGUAAAAUUUGCACAAAACAUUCUAGGCACUUUUUAACAUUCUCAAUGGUGGGAAUUUUAACUUUUAGGAUUUGUUGGGAUCUUUUUUAUUAUCCUUAACAAUUUCAAUGCUUCAUUUAGCUAGAGAUGAUUCAGGGUUAUUUGAGGGGAAACCCAUAGUGCCUUGAUUUUAAUUCAGGGGUACUUCACCGUCUUGAACUCGGUCUGGUCUCAGUAGCAGUUUUGAACCAUAGUUCAUGUUUAGCAGCAUGUGGGGGUCGGUGUCAUGCUCAGGCUCCAGUGAACAACACUGGGAGUCUCUUGGACUGAGGCAUAGACCCUUUAAAACACAAGAUGACAACCUAACAUGAUAGCCAUUAACUUGACCCCAGAGUUGUUUCCAAAUAAGUGUCUACCUUUAACUAGUCUUUAAGAAUCAGUAGUAGGGCUGGAGAAAUGGCUUAGCCACUAAGCACACUUGCUUGUAAAGCCUGCUGGCCAGGAUUCAGUUUUCCAACACCCUCACAAAGUCAGACCCAAAGGGGUGCAUGUGUCUGGCAUUUGUCUGUGGCAACAAGAGAUCCUAUUGUGCCCAUAUACACAUGCAUGCAUAUAUGCAUGCACACCCAGGAAAAUAAAAUUUCAAAAGAAAAUUAAUUGCCAGCAAAUAUUUGCUUAAUUUGAUCUUGAUAAUUCCUAGAAGAGAAAGCCAUAAAUGUGGCUUUACCUUCAUGGCAACAUGAGAACAUUGUAACUCACAUGCUUUCUAAACAUGAACUAGAUUCAACCUGGCAAUAUUAUAGCCUACAGGUAGUAAAUUUCAACACAAGUUACAUGCAUUUUAAAAAGCAUUUUUUAGGUCUUAUGGUACUAAAUCAUGAAAUUUACAAUUACAGAACAGGAUUAGUAGAAAAUAGAGAUGACAGGUGUAGUAAAUCCGAAUUGAUCUUACAAGAAAACCCAGGAGAGGUGAGGCUGCUAAACAGAAAAGGGAUUGAGCAAUGAAAGUAACCGAAUGUAGAACUGCCGGAGAAAGGGCUCCAAGGAAACGUCAGUUCUCUGUCCUCAGCUAUGGGCUCAUCCUUGAGGGAUGUAUUUGUUUCCCUGUUAGCAAACAAGCAAAAAAAAAAAAAAAAAAAAAAACGAAAACCAACCUGGCUUCAGUUAAAUGGAAACAUUUUUUACAAUUUAUUUUUAAAACAUAUAUAGACCAAAGAAAAUUGGUACCUAUCCUUUUCCAAAAGCAUGGCUGGAUGGCAGUGAAGUAAUACCAUAUCAUGGAGUUCUUCUGGCUAAAUGGUCACAUCCCUGGCAAGGCCCUUGUCAGGACGCGUGCAUGUGUGCGUGCACAUCCGUGGAAACGUUAUGUUACAGUAGAGCAGUGGCAUUGCUUUUCUUCCCUUCCAAACUGCCUUUCAACUUUAUGCCACUUCCUGUAAGUCGUGCCUCAUUUCUUAUUGGCAGUACCUGUUGUGCUACAAAAAUUCUGAUAAAGCUUCCCCUCUAAGUACCACACUUCAAAGCAGACCGUGAACUCUGGAGCCCGUCUGUACGAGGAGCGCGACCUGGAGCAAGCGCCAAGGUGCCCUGUGCAGUCUCGUCCUCCCUGUCCUCCCGCGCCCUGUUCAGGUUCUCCAUGUCACAAGCUGCAAGCACGAGGACUCCUCCCUUGUCGCCACCCCUGUUGUUCUCUGCAGCUCUUCUGCAGCUAGCUGCUAACCUGCGCUGAGAGAGUUGUGUUGGAAUCUGGGUUGCAAACUGCCCCUCCCCCACAGCUUGAGCAUCCUGAUGAAGAUUCCGCCUUGCCUGCUCUUCACUUCUGUAGCCAAAGUUGUUAAUAAAAUCCCAAAACAAAACUAUGAUACCAAAUAGAAACACCUCUAGGCUUCUUAAAGAUCUCUUUUCUCUCACAGGGGUUGUUUUUCUUAAAAAGAACCUUCCACUCUGGGCAGAGCUUUUUUUCAAAAGGGCAGAGGCUGUUGAAGUAAGGGUGAUAGACGCUGGCUUGCUCAGGACCGCCGUGACAUCAGGGGGCUCAGCAGUCUCACCGGUACAAGAAAGAACUGACAAGAGUCGCCCUUGAGACACUUCUAAGUACUCUGUUGUUUUCUUUGAAUGGAAACUGGGAGGAAAAGCCAGUGUUGCAGAUGAGGUAGCCUGCAAGUAACUGCUGCAGACUCCACCCUGAAUCCAGGGGCCAUGUGUUCUGUGUGCUCUGCAUUGCCUCAUGCUCUCUGGUGGAGGAAUGUGCCAGGAAUAGGAGGAGCCGGUAACUGUGAGCAGAGCACUGAGGGAGCCUAUGCUGUCCUGAGUGCUGUGGCCUUAAAGCAGUCUCUGGAAGUCAGCUGGGAGCACUGAGACAGCCCAGCUCGGUAAAGGGCAUUGUGUUGAGGGAGAUGAGCCCUUGUUCAAGAAGCCUUAGAAAGGGACCCUAAAAAUAGUUGUCUACACAGGUGGAAAUUCUUUUCACUUGGAUAUAUUACUGUGUGCUUGAAAAUGUUUCCACUACAUUACACAUUUUUUAAGUGGGAUGCAGAUAGCAUUUUUUUUUAAGUAUUUCUACUUUUUCUUAUUUCUUUGGUGAUUUUGUUGGUGAACAUUUGUGUAAAAUCCAUUCAAGCCUACAACCUUUCCAGUAUCUGUGGCCCUGUUCUUAGUACCACAGGAGUCCACGUUGGAAGGUAGAAACACUGGAUAUGAAUAUAGUCGAGUGCAUCUGGCCAGGAGUAAGCUGAUCAGACUCUUCCGUGGUAAAGAACGGCACAGAGGCACUUGUCAUUUUAGUAGUGGUUGGAAAGAGACCUUUUAAGUUUGUGUGGAUUGAGUAAACAUUCUUCUAAGAGGAGCUUCUGAAGUAACAGCAAAGGAAAAGAGUUGACUAUUUUUAUAGCAUAUUUAAUAUAUUUGUAUAUAACUGAGUAUAGUAGGAACCCUCCAUCCACCUGCUGCCCCCUUUCUAUUCCCCCCUCUUGCCCCAGCCCUAGCGUAGCCUCAUCCGCAUGGGUAAUGUGCCUAUCGUCCGCCUACCAAGUAGCGCUGCUGCUUUCUGAGACAGGUGAGACAGACUCUCACGCCUGGGGAUCCUCUGUGGGGAGAACAGCACACACUUCAAACAUACCACCGUCUAAAUGCAUCAUUUUCAAUGGUAAUAAGCACUUUAUUGCAACUAUUCAUUUAGAUAAAGUUUGUAUCUUAGCAUUAACUAUUUCUAAAGGAUCCCCAAAUCAUCAUUUAGGUGAAAUUAUAAAUGACACAUUUCUGAGAAAUGUUUAGAUCCAGUGAACCGUAGCAGGUUUAUGGGAGUGAUUUCAAGGUAGCCAAAUGAACUCUGACUUUCUUUUGAAUGUGGUGGAGUCAAAAGAUUGUAGAUGUGUAGCUCCAUUUAAACACUAUUGUAAACCUAUCUUGCCUAUUGUGUGGACACCAAAAGAGACCAAUGAGCCUGUUCAUUUUCAGAGGUCUAGGAAAAUACAUCUGUGUGAGGAGAUGUACAGAACUAAUCUAAAAGCAAAUGGUAGUAAUAUUUUAGAAUACAGUAAUUUCGAAAAUUGAGUGGUUUAAGUGCGCCCUGAAAUGUUGGCAUGUCAUUUCAGCAUUUCCAUUUGAAUUGCUCUUGUAAUAUUUUUGCACAUAAAAAGACUGAAAACGACUGCGUUUGUUGAAAAUAAUUUGGUCUUGUUUUAAUGUCUCCUGUGGAAACAUUGGGGAUGAAUUUUGUUGGUAUAGUUACUAAUUCAGGAUAUUUAAACAUGUUGAACAGUUCACAAGAAAUUGAGCAAACUUGGAUAUUUAAAGAUUAAAGUACUUUCUUUCCGUGUGA